AUGUCUUCCUUCCAAACCGCCAUUCAGAUCAUCGCGGCUUUGGAUGACAAUGCGUGGGGCGUACUGCUGCCGAAACUGCUCGCAGAGCGAACAGAUGCCGAGAAAACGGAAAACGUGACUAUCGAAAUUAUCGAACUAUGCAGACGAGUUAAUUCGCAGCAGCUGGGGAAAGGAUCGCAAGGUUAA